GCGGUGGAAGGAAGUACCUUGUUGGCCGUUCUCGCGAGAAGAAGAGUGGCGAGAACUGUCCGGGGGCGGGGAACGAGGUGUCCGGGGAACACGUGGGAACGCGCUGAGCUUGUUGGACCGUCGGUCUCGCGCCAAGGGAGCAAUGGAAAAAACGAAUCCGAGCCCGGAGCAGCCGCCGGAUGGAGAAACCGGCUCAGAAUGGAGUAUUCCGCCCAACGCGCCUGCCUGCAUGGAGCGCCACUUGGACGGAGCCCACUACCGGGCAGAUGGUUCCUUGCUGCUGGGAGCAUCCAGUUUGAGUGGACGUUGCUGGGUAGGCUCUAUUUGGGUGUUCAAGGAUCCAUCAAAAGCUCCCAAUGAAGGGUUUUGCUCUGCAGGAGUUCAAACAGAAGCAGGAAUAGCAGACCUGAAAUGGGUAGCGGAGAAAGGCAUCUUGGUAGCUUCAGAUUCAGGUGCUGUGGAAUUCUGGGAGCUGGAUGAGAAUGAGACUCUGAUAGUGAACAAAUUCUGUAAGUACGAGCAUGACAACAUUGUGACAACAGUGAGCGUUCUGGCCAACAACACCCAGGCCAUCAGCGGCAGCAAAGACUUCAGUGUGAAGAUCUGGGAUAUCCCUCAGCAAACAGUGCUCAACACCUACAGAGCUCAUUCAGGCCAAGUAUCAUGUGUGGCCUCCUGCCCUGGGAAGGAUACAGUGUUCCUGUCCUGCGCCGAGGAUGGCAGGAUUUUACUCUGGGAUACCAGAUCUCCAAAACCAGCAACUCGGAUAGCCUGCAGUGCCUCUAGUAAUCUUCCUGCCUCACUGGUGUGGCAUCCACAUCGAAGUGACACUUUUGUAUUGGGUGACGAAAGUGGGACAGUUGCUCUUGUGGACAUGAAGAAUGCAGACUCUUCCCUCAGCUCACCUCUGCACUCUCGAGGAAUCGCGGGAUUUGCUUUUUCUGCACAUAGCUCACCCCUUUUGGCCUCCAUCAGUGAAGACUGUUCGGUAGUUGUUCUUGACUCUAGCUUUUCAGAAAUUUUUAGGAAUCGUUCCCAUCGAGACUUUGUGAAAGGUUUAUCGUGGUCGCCUUUGAACAAAAGCUUGCUGACUACAGUUGGAUGGGAUCAUCAGGUUCUACAUCAUAGUGUCCCAACACAGAAUAACCAUCCUGCUGGAAAAAAUAACAACAUAACUGCAUAGUUUUAUAUGCUCCUUUUGGAGUCCUUCUCCUUUAAUAGCAUCUUUUUGUUGUCAAGUCUUGGGGUUGGAUGUGGCCUUUGCCCUGAAGAGAAAGAACCUGUAGCAAUUUCAUGUUAGGUGAGCACUAGCAUUGUAUCAGCCACUUGUUGCAGCUGGUCAGAUUCUGCAGGUAACUAAAAUUCUAGUGUUUGGUGCAGAACACCGAUUUGUAGAAGAAUUGGCUUUAUUUUGUUUUUAGUCUUGUCAUAUGUUUUAAAACAUGCACCAUUGUAGAGAAGAAUGUUUUUGCUUUCUAAUAUGGAAUAAAACCAUGCAGUAACUUCUGGGCUCACCUGCCAACUUGUAAUAUGACUAAGGAGACUUAAGUACAGUAGACCCCUCUGCUUGGUUCCCCACUGAACGUGACAGUCAUAAAGCAAGCCAUUAUACUUGCCCACUUGGGUCAGUGUUAAAAGGUUUGGUUUUGUGCACAAUUCUAAAGCCUCAGUUCUACCCUUCUAAGUUGUUUGCUCUUUCUGAUCUCCUCUUCCAGUCUCUUUCUCUACUUUCUUUCUUGCUCCUUAUUACCCAUUCGUGUAAUUCCAGCUUUCACCCUUUUUAAUGUCCAUAUGCCAGUUGCAGGAGCCAUAAAACUGGGUUUUGGAUUCUAGCAUAUGUCUGCAGAAUUGAGUAACAUUGGAAUGGUCAUUAAAGCAAGGGGAGAGGGUUGUAAGGAAGCCCUCGUGGUAAGUCAGGUUGUAAUUCUGCAAUUCUGUCAAAAGAGCAGAGAUAAUGAGUUUGUCUUAGAAGUGCAAUGUGAAACUUGUACAGUAAAUGCCUUUCCUCCCGCUCGGUUUCAUCUGUUAGCUAAGGCAGGGUUGGACAACUGUGACCCUCUUACUGUUUUUGGAUUGUGUCCCCCAGAAUCUCUCAAUGUGGGCUAAAGCUGACUAGAGCUGAAAGGACUUGUAGACUUUGGGGGGUGGGGGAAAACAACACUUAGAGGCAGGAUUGCCCCUUCCUGGUCCAAACAUGCCUGUUUAGAUUCUUUGGAUUUGUGCUUCUUGAACUGUGCAAGCCUUUUACCUUCCAGCUUCAAUCUAUAGUAGAAAAAAUUCUUGAGUUUAAAAAAACCAUUCAGAAAGCAAUUUGUUCCAUAGCAUGGGUAUUUAUUCUUUUGAAGGCUUUAGAGUAUAUCUCUGGGUCCUAGUACAACUGAUAUAGUGUUUCCUUUCUGAGCCAAUUAAGAUAAUUCCUAUUUAGGAAGCCUGUUUAGACAACCCUUUUUUCCCCAUUUUAUAACUAUAGGUGAAGACUUAAUUCUGCCCCAUCCGCCACCCCAUCCCUGGUAUGUGACUGUGUAAUAUGAAGGAAUAUGUCAGUUUUUAAAGACUGGACUUACUUUUCUGGUGUCCCUUCAUUCUUAAAGAUUCUCUGUGCUUGUUCCUUACUCUGCCGCUCUGGAAAGAGAAUUUAGGGGGUGUUUGGACUGAAGCUCACUGUUCAAGUUCAGUACUCGGAAAUGGGAAGACAUUGAUCUGAAAGUUGCUUAGAUAACUUCAUUUAUGCAGAAAAAUGUAUGUACAAGAUCAGAGAGAGUAAGGUUUGGGGGUUCUCAUACCCUGUGUGACUGCCUGUAUAAGUCAGGCUUAGAAUUGUGUACAAUCUGCCAUCUGAAGUGAUGAUAGAUGUGGUGAAGCAGAUAACGGAGAAGAAGCCAUUUUUCCUUGAUAUAUAGUUCUCAGCCCCUCAGGGAGAUGCACGACAUGAGCAGCUUUGGUGUCUGCAGAGCCGUGCAACUGCUGUACAAAAUCCCAGCGGUUAAUCCUAGUCAUACCAGAUUUCCAGGCAGGUGAGCUAAUUUACUGUUGUCGGUAUCUUUAUUUUUGUAUAUUGUAGUCAUUUCCUCCAGUUCUGUAGUGGGAUAGGCAUGCUAAUAUGGCAUGUUUAACUUGUGUAAUGUGAUGCUUGUAGGGAAACUGUUGGAAGAGUUUGGGUUGUUUUUGUAGUCUUCUAGAACAGCAUGAGACAAGCCAAGUGUUUAUUAUAUGGAAACAAGGACUUCUCAAGGAUCUUUGUGACAUGCACAUGCGUGGAGUUACUGCACACAAACAGGAGGAAGGUUUUUUUUUUAAAAUAAACCUCUUAAUUUUUAAA